CUCGUUUUUAAGUCUCCAUCUCUAAAAAGAAAGACAUCAACACUCUUUCUCUUUAUUGCAGCAGCAGAAACAGAACCCCCUUAAGUUCUUCAAUAAAGCUUUUGGUAAUAUGAUAACUGUUGAAGAUUUUUUUAGAGAAAAGUGGCACAGAAUCUGAAAAUUCUGACACUUGUUUGUUACCACGAAUAAUGAUUCUCUUUUCUUUAAUCUUUUCUCUGAACUGAGUUCGUACUUAAAGUAUGGUCCUUUAUCUUCCGUUGACUGGUUUCUAUCUACUCCUUUUUUCUCAACUUUCUCUGAUCUGCUCGUGUGUUCACUUCAGUUCCCUCACUUCUUGUGUAGAAAAAGAUGUGUUACGUUUGAUAAAAAUUGGAGCUUUACUGAAUUAGAAGAAGACAUGGACAUGAGUGACAAAGACGAGUUUGCUGCCAAGAAGAGGGAUUUGGAUUGGAGAAUCUCUGACUCUAAUAACCCAAUAGUUUCGUACCCUCCGGAGAAUCCAAUGUCGGCUCCUUCUCAGAUGAUGGAUGAAUCAUUCAGGCAAAAUCUUUGGCAUGAUUGUGGUUUCAAUGUCCAGACAGAUGCAGGCACUUCUUUUAGGGGUAAUGUUGAUAGACCUCUUGAAAUGGGUGGUUGGAACAUGGCUCAGUUCCCUGCAGAUUCAGGAUUCAUAGAGCGUGCUGCAAAGUUUUCGUUUUUCGGGUGUGGGAGUUUUGGUGAAAUGAUGAUGAACCAACAUUCGAAUGGCCUGUUUGUUCAAGAUAUGGAGAAGAAUCAAAUUGGGGUUGCCACUGGUUCCAAACUAGUUGAUGGACCUGUUAAGGUAGUGAAAGAGAAUGGAUCGAGUGAUGUUUCAGAGGAUUCUCAAUCUAGUGGAGGUAAUAAUGGUCAUGAUGAUGCUAAAUGUAUGGAAAUAUCUUCCAAGGUGUUUAACGCAAAGAAGAGGAAAAGGACUGUGAAGGAUUCUGAACAAGAAGAUAAAAAGGAGAAGGAUGAGCAAAGUCCAAAUUCAAAUGCUAACAAGACAAACAGUGGCAAACAAGCUUCUGAUCCUUUAAAGGAUGGGUAUAUUCACAUGAGGGCUAGAAGAGGCCAGGCUACAAAUAGUCACAGUCUUGCAGAAAGGGUUAGGAGGGAAAAGAUCAGUGAAAGGAUGAAGUUCCUGCAAGAUCUUGUACCGGGUUGUGACAAGGUGACUGGGAAGGCUGUUAUGUUAGACGAAAUCAUUAACUAUGUGCAAUCACUUCAAUGCCAGAUCGAGUUUUUAUCAAUGAAGCUUUCGGCUGUGAAUCCUGUGCUCGAUUUUAACCUCGAAAGCCUCCUUGCAAAAGAUUCCCUUCAUGUACCUGCCCCAACAUUUCCCCAAGACAUGUCGAUGCUCUAUCCUCCACUAUCACAUCUCUCUCAAAAAGGAUUCAUGCAACCAAACCUUUCCUCACUGUCUACAUUGAAUGGAGGAUUAAAGCGGCAGGACACACAUGGAUACGAAAGUGAUCAGCACAAUGUUGUCCACAUGAACCAUGAAACUAGUACUGCACCUGAUCAUGAAAAAAACACAACAGCUAACACGGAGGUGGAGCCCUAGGUGUUUCUUCUUCUUCACUUUCAACUCAGCUUUAGCUGCUGUGAUAGCAUGACAAUUUUAUUAACUUUGAACAGAAGAGUGAAAACGAAACAGAUCGAGAAGGAAGCAGAUCUUGUCUUUGUAAUCCUGUCAGCUCCGAAAGAAAAGAGUCGAGAGUGAGAAUCAACAACGCUGUGUAAUUGACUAGCCACUGUCUGCUUCUUUUGUAGUUAUUAUUGUUUGCUUCUUUUGUGUGUACAUAUAAAUCCAUGUAGGGAAGAGAAAUGUUGAUGAAUGUUAGCAACAUGACUACAAUCUUCAAAAAUAUCAAGAUUUGCUAUGUACUUCAGCCAUUUUUUCAUACAACAUGAUUGUAAAGACCACGAUCAA